AUGCCGAACCCGAUGUUCCUGGUGAACCAGAUGUUUUUCCUGGUGACCCGGCUCCUCUCCCUGAUCUGCCUAAUCCACCUGUCUUUGCUCCACCAAAUGAACCGCCGCCACAACCCGAUCCUGCUCCCAUUGAACAACCUCCAGUCCCUCCUCCACAACCGCGUCACCGUACUCGUCGUGAUGUUCCUGCUGAUCCUGGUUCAAGUAUUGCUCGAGAUAGACCACGUCGAGAGCGUGCUGGUCAGAACCCACAUCGGCAACAAGGAAAUACUUAUGGAGAUGAACCUCCUGCACGAACCGAUGCGCGUAUAG